GCUUCUCUGUAGUCACCACUGACCGAGGUCAGAGAUAAUACCAAUCUACCUACCUAGCUACCGAGAAAGGGGUCGACAGAUUGAUCGAGCUUUCGUGCCAGCAUGGAUUACUGGAAGUCCAAGGUGGUGCCCAAGAUGAAGACCGUCUUCGCCAAGAGCGCCGGCAAGAAAGCCGCCGCCGCCGCCGAGAUCGUCAAGUCGUUCGACGAAUCAAAGGAUGGGAUCAACGGUGAGUUUGAGGAGAAGAAGGCGGAUCUCCAGCCUAAGGUCGUCGAGAUCUACGAGUCUGCUACUGCAGCAGUCAAGGUUCUCAUCAAGGAAAAGAAGGUGUCCUGGAUCAAGAAGAACUCUGCAGGUGUCACCAAAUUCAUAGAAGAUCUGGCCAACAUUGAUUUCCCUGGAGCCAAGCAAGUGAGCGAGGGCAUCGCCAAGGUUGGUCCGGCCCUGCUGUCCAGUCCCCUCUUCGCGACCUUCGACAAGGUCGCCUCGCUGCUCCCUGGCGCUGAGGAGACGCCCAGGGAGGCUCUGGCCGUUGCCGAGAAGGAGGCAGCCGCCCCAGAGGAGAGGAAAGAAGCAUCCGAAGAGAAAGAAGGUGUGGCAGAGGACACAAAAGAAGCCGUCGAGACCCAAGUCGCCGUUGCUGAGGAGUCUAUUUCUGUCGCUGCCGAGCCGGCCACGAAAGAGAGUGCCGUGCCGGCCGCUGACGCCGUUGCAGAAGCUGCUGCACCGUCCGAGCUGCAGGAACCGGCGAAGGCUCAGGAGGAGACGCCCAAGGCUUAG